AUGUCGGCGUCCGCAGGAGCAUUCGGGCGCGGGCCUGGCAGUGCGGUAGACGAUGGCGAGGCGGACACGCCCAAGUUCGCGCUCAAGUCACCAGGCUCGUAUUCGCCUCGAGGCCGCCCGUCCUCAGACUUCUCUGCACUGCUCGGAUCCCCCAUUCUCACCGCCCCGCACUCGUCCUUCCCCUCCGCCUCCUCCGCGUCCGCGUCGUCAGCGCCCGCGGAUCCCGCAGCAGCAGCAGCAGCGCCCGCGGCGGCCGCCAUGGCGCUGCACCAGCCGCUGUGCUUCCCAGGAGCGCAGCCCGUGCAUCCGUCCGAGGACGUGCCGUCCCUCGCCGCCGCGUUCGCCGCAGCCAAGUCUGCACAGGCUGCGGCCUGCAAGUCCCCCGUCGCCUCGCCUCUCUCUUCCCCCAGCCCAUCCCCCUGCCCCACGCCUUCCCGCCGCCGCCUCCCGCCGUUCCCAGAGCCGCCAAUGGCGGCGUGUCUAUUCGACGCCAUGGAUAAGCUUCUCUCUGUCUCCACGGGGGUGGCGGAGCUUGCCGCACCUCCGCCGCCCUCCCUCGCCUCUCUCGCCGCAGCCUCAGAUGCUCCUGCUUCCGGCGCGCUGGGCCCUCUGUGGGCGUCAGGCGCAGGAGGGGGUGGGGGGAAGGGGCUGGGCGGGGGACUGGAGGGGCUCAUGGGCGGUCUCCACCUGCUUGCGGCAACCUCUGGUGGUGCCGCUGCCUCUUCGUCUGGCGCUGGGGGGGGCAUUGGCGCUGGCGGUGGGGGAGGCGGUGGCGGAAGCAGAGGGGCGGGCAGUGGCGGGGCGCAGGCGCGCACGCUGCUAGGCCUGGUGGACCCUCGGGAGGCGGCGACUGCAGUGGCGCCGUCUAAGAGCCGCAGGCAGAUGGAGGCGCUUAGGAAGGCGCGCCAGGCGGGGGGGGGGGGGGGACAGCUGGGGCUGGUCACUGGCGCUGCUGAGAGCAGCGGGGGCGGGCACUUGGGACUGGUUGCGGGCUCGUCAGGCGGUGGUGGUGGCGGCGCAGGGGGAAGGGGCGGGGGAGGCGGAGCAGGGCAUUUGGGUCUCGUGACGAGCUCUGCUAAGGGGGGUGGUGCAGCGGGUCAGCUAGGGCUCGUUUCCCGUUCUCUUGAUAGCAGGGGCGCUACCAGCAAGGUGGCUGCAGGGAGAGGAGGGCGUAGGCAAGGGAAGGCAGGGGCGAGGGGCCACGGUUUAGGGCUGGAAGUGAGGGGGCAGCAGGGAAGGGAUGGCAGCAGGGAGCGAGGCGGUCAGGCGUCGGAGAUGUCGUCGGGCGAAGCAGAGAAUGAGGUGGAUGACAAGGCACGGGCUGAGAGGGAGAGGGAGGAGCGGGAGCGGCGGGUGGUGGAGGAGCAUGGUCGGGCGGUGGCGGCGGUGGAGAGCAUGUCUCAGGCGGACCGAGUGACGUUCGAUGGGCCUCUCGUGGACGGCCUCUCCGCGCCCCUGCAGCUCCCCAGCUUCCACGGCCAAGCCUUGCCCUGGCGCCGCUCCAAGGCGCCCCCGCCCUUUGCUGCCGGCGCACAUGUUGUGCAGGCAAUUUUACAGGCGGAGCGCGAGGAAGCGGAUGGCGCAGGGCCUACUCAAACCAGUGAAGCUAAAGCAGCAGAAGUAACAGCGGGAACAGGGACUCGAGCAGCAGCAGCAGUGGCCGGAGUGCAGGGCGGAAGGGCGAACGUAAAUGAGCCACCAGUUGCGGCGUCAAAAGAGCAAGACUUAAAUUCCGGCUUAGAGACACAGGUUCCUACCAUGAGUCUUGCUGCCGCCUUUGGAGGCCUGGCCUUGGCAUCUCAAGGAGCAGACGUGGGUGAAGGGAGUUUUGGCUUCGGUGGUGGCAGCGGGGGCAGUAGUGGCAGUGGCGAUGAGGGUGGUGAUAGCAUGGGAGGCGGUGAUGGUGGGUUUAUGGGUGCGUUCGACUCUCUAUUUAAUGCGUCGGCUGGUGCUGGCGGCGCAAUGGGCUUGCAAUUGCAACCGCUGCAAGCAUAUCAGGUGGACAAUGCAGGGGAUAAGUCAGAGGAGGCAGGCAAGGCAGCUACCAGGAACGUGAGAUUUGGUCUUUCAGCGGAAGACGAGAACAGGGAGAGAGAGCGGGAGAGGGAGGAGAGGGAGAGGGAGGAGCGGGAGCGGCGGGUGGUGGAGGAGCAUGGUCGGGCGGUGGCGGCGGUGGAGAGCAUGUCUCAGGCGGACCGAGUGACGUUCGAUGGGCCGCUCGUGGACGGCCUCUCCGCGCCCCUGCAGCUCCCCAGCUUCCACGGCCAAGCCCUGCCCUGGCGCCGCUCCAAGGCGCCCCCGCCCUUUGCUGCCGGCGCGCAUGUCGUCAAUGCCAUUCUGCAGGCCCAGCGGGAGGGAGCGGACACCGCAGGGCACAAGGCGGGGGAAGGUGGCAGCCGCGAGCAGAAGAAGAGCUCACCUGAAGUUUCUCCUUCAGCGCGCAAUGCCCAGCCCCUCCCAGGUGCCAAGGCGGCUGAGACAUCCCCUGCACACACAGCAUCUGCGGCAUCGCCUCCUCAGAGCCUAGCAGCCGCGUUUGGAGGGCUGGCAGGGCUGUCCUCCGGAGGAGCCGGGGGAGAAGAGGAAGGCAUGGGGGGCGGCUGGGGGUCCGGUGGGGGAGGCGUUGGGCUGAUGGGGUCGUUUGAUUCGCUGCUCUCUGCGUCCUCUGGUAGCCCUGCUGCAGGAGGGCCCGGGCAGCUUGGUGCUGCUGCAGGAGCACUGGGCCAGCUUCAGCCUCUCUCGCUCUCGCCUCUCUCUCUGCAUGCGUCGCCCUCCGUACCGCGCACCACACCCACGCACCAGUCCGCACCGCAGUCCACCACUCCGUCGCUCCCUCGCGCGCCCAUCCUCUCGCCCUUCUCCGACAAGCCAGCAGCAGCUGAUUCCCUGGAGACGCUGUUUCAGGUGUCGAAGCUGCACGGGGGAAUCUCCCCUUCCAUUGACAACCGCCUCCUGCCCGCCUUCCCAUCGCCACGCAUCCACACCCCCUCACACCUCCCCGCAGGAGUCCCCGCACCUGCCGCAGGGGACCCUGCCAGCGUCACAGACAGCAGUGCAAGGCUGGGAGGAGGAGCAGGGGCCGCUCCUCCCCCCCCAGUCAUCCUUGCACCGUUCUCCAACGUACCGGCUGCAGGCGAUUCUCUGGAGGCGCUUUUCCAGGUGUCCAAGCUGCACGGGGGGUUCUCCCCCUCCGUGGAUAACCGCAAGCUCGCGUCCUUCCCCUCGCCCCCCCUGCACUCGCUUCCCAACCCAACGGCUACUCCACACAAGGUGCCGCCUGGGGGUGGUGCUGCUGCCACCAGCCUGGGCCUCCAGGCAACUGCGCGAAUGGUGUUCCCGCGCUCUACGUCUGCCCCCCCCGCGCAUGCCGCCAUUGAUGCUGCAGCUGAUGCUGCCCUGCUGCAGCUGGACCAGCCGCUGCGCAGAACAGGCUCGGCUGAGCUGCAAUCGCUCUCGCCCACCUCCGCUCACCUGGAUGUGAAGGCGCCUUCUGCGCUCACCUCAUCUGGUUCCAGUUCUCGUGCCCGUGUUUUUGCUGCUCCACUGGGCUUGUCCUCCCCUUCCUCUGGCCCUCUAACCUUCUCCCCGCGUGCCAUGCCAGCCGCCCUCCAGCCUCACCGUGUGAGUACUGCUGAAAAGACAGGGCCCAGAGGGGGGCGGGGCGAGCAGCAAGUGGGGCUUGGGGAGGGGGAGGGCGCGGAGGGGAGUGACGAAGAGGGGGACGUUUCUGAGUGGUGGAUGCGCGCGCCCACUCUGGGCCCUGGCAACUGGGGUAUUGGGGACGAUCCCCGUGCAGCAGCCUCUGCAGGUGCGGCGGGCGCAGGAGAAGGAGGGGGCAGCAGCGUCAAGUUGGAGAAGUUGGUAGAGGAGGAGAGGGAAGAGGUGGACAACAAUGGGGUGGGUGGAGAGGAGGAGAGGGAGGGGGGCGAAGAGGGGCGGGGCAGGAAGGUGCGUGAGCAGGGGGGAAUGAAAAGAGAAGGGGGUAAGGGAGGUGGUGCAGGGGGCAAGGUGGAGGUAGAUGUCGAGCGCAUGAUGGGCAUGCUGCAGCAGCUGCAGUCGCCCCUGGCGGAUGUGCGCGCAGCCCUGGAGGAUGGGGGGCGGGGCGCAGAGGAGUUUGAGGCUGCUGCCAGGGCGCUGGAGGCGGACUUGAGAAGGAGUCACGAGGGUACUGUUGAGAGCAGCACAGGGAGUGCGGGAAGCGGGCGAAGUAAGAGGAAGAAGGACCGGUCGGGUGCGGGUGAGGCCGGUGGGGUGGAGUGGGCGAAGGUGGAUGGGAGGGGCAGUGGUGGGGAUGUGAGCAGGGAGGGUGGUAAGGACGGUGGUAGGGAUGGGUUGAAGGAGAGUGGCAGGCGUAAGAAGGGCAGUGGGAAGGGUGCAGGCGGGGAUGGUGGAUCUGGGAAAGGCAAGGGGGAGUUGGGGGAAGGACAUGGUGGCGGGAAGGCGGGGAGGCACGUGGGUGCUGCAGAAGGGGAGGUGGCACGGGUGCUGGGGGGAAAGGAGGGGAAGGAAGUGCGCGGUAGCAGGGACGGGCGGGAGAAGGAGGGGAAGGGAGGGUAUGAGGGGAAGCAUUCAGAGAGUGUGCUAGGAGGGAGGAAGGCGGGGGGCAAGGCAGCAGAUGAGGGGGAGGAGGAUGAGGAGGACAUGUUUUACGAUGCGAGGGAGGUGGUGAGCUCGCCUGCUUCAGAGGACGACAGAGGCAGUGAGCGAUCCCUCCGGCACAUCAUUGCCAAGGCGGCGUCCCCUGGUGUGCUUCCUGCUGCUGCUGCUGCUGGUGGUGAUGCUGCUGGUGCUGCUGCUGCUGCUGCAGCGGUGGGGGUUGGGGUGGCGGAUGUGGAAGAGAAGGUGGCUGCGAAGCAAGGGAAGGAGGGGAAGAGUGUGUCUGGCGUUGCGAGGACACGCUCGGGGGUGAAGGGCAGGCUUGGGAGUGGUGACAGCAGCAAGGGACGGAGGAAGGAGCACAAGGGCGCGGAGGAGAAGGGAGCACGGGACGAGCUGAAGAGAGGCGGUAGUGGCGUGGCGGCAGCAGGCGGAGGGGAGAGUGCGGCAGUAGAGGGUGAUGCGAGGGGCGGUGGUGAAGUUUGUGGUGGUGGGCGCUUAGAGGGUGCAGGGAAGAGCGGGCAGCACGCAGGUAAGGGAGCAGGGAAGCACGGUUCCGGGGAGAGUUUAGGUGGUGGGAGAAAAGACGAGAAGGAGGCGGAAGCAGGGCAGGAGCGACGCAAGCACAAGGGGAAAGGGAGCAAGAAAGGAGCAGAGGCGGUUUCAACAGGAAAGGCCGAGAAACCAGGCGGCUCUGCUGUAUCGUCACCUGCACCGUCCUCCACAUCUGGUGUCUCUAAAUCCCGUCCAGCCACGAGCAGUGGCGACAGCAACCUGUCCUCACAGCCUGUGUCAUUAUCAAGUGCCCAAGGCCCUCCCCUAGCAUCUGCAUCCAUCCGUCGCACUGUGUCUGACCUCACAGAGGAGAUCAGUGCUCUCAAGGCCGCCACUCUCCUCAUCACCACCCCUGCUGCUGCCGCCGCCGCGGCUGCCGCUGCAGCUGCGGCCGCUGCCAGUGGCGCCUCUGAUUCAGGCGCAGUGAGUAGCAGCGGGGAGAGCGAUGCAUUCAGUGGGGGUGUUGGGGCAGGAGGAGAGGGGCAGGGAGCACAGGGGGCGCAGCUGUCGCAGCUGUUCACUCCUGCAUGCAGCACGGCAGCGGCUCGCAAGGCCCAGCGCACAGCUGCUGCUAUCUCUGCUCUGCGCGAGGCAGCGGCACGGGAAGGCCCUCUGCCUGCUCUCGUCUGUGCCCCCCCCACGCUGCCCUGCGGGGACGCCCCGACGCGGGAGGAGGCAUGGAGACGCCUUGGCAGCAGCAGGUGGAAAGGACAAGACGACUCAGCUCUAGGCACAGACGGCGCGGCUGCUUUCUCAAGUGGCGAUGCAGCGAGCUUCCGGCUGUCAUCCCCUGCGCCCCUGGUGUCCCGUGCAGUGCCGGGCUUUGUGGCGCUCGACUUGCCACCCGCUGCGGGUCCCUUCUCCUCUGCGCCGCACAGUGCCACAGCCAUCUGGCACAUGCUGCAGCUCAACGCCGCGCCGCUGCUGUCAGGCCCGCCCACUGCGCUCAUCUCACAGUCGUGCUCGCUCUCCCCUCUGCACUCGUCCGGGCUGGGCUUGGCUGGUGAGCCGCGGUGGGGGUCGGGCACUUUGAGGAGCAGUGUGGAUGCGCUGCUGCAGCUGGGGCAGGACGGGGGCGACCUCGAAUGGGUAACCGGCAGCACUGCCGUCGCUGGGAAGGGCAGUGCUGCGGAAGGGACUGGUAGUGCCACUGCUGCUGCGGCGGCGGCGGCGGCGGCGGUUGCAGCGUCUCAGCUGAGCCCGUCAGUUCGCAGCCCUCAGGGGGGUGGUGGUGCAGGGGCGGUGGGGCCGUGGAGGAGGCUGGCAGUGCCGAUUCACCAGGUGCCGGGGGACAAGGAGGAUUACGAGGAGGGGCAGGGCCGGCAAAUGGACAGCACGAGCGGGAGAAAGAGCAGAGCAAGGGGCAAAGGGAAGCGCAAGGAGAUGGCUAUUGCGGAGGAGGAGAGUGGGGCGGAGGAGGGCAUGCAGGCAGGUGCAGGGGGCAGCGACAGCAGUGUGGUGUUUGCAGCGCCGUCUGUUUCAGGCCGAGCAGGCAGCAGCAGCAGCAGCAGCAGCAGGAGCAGCAGCAGGAGCAGCUCCAGCAGGCUCCGCCCCAUGAAGACGGCCCCUGCUGGCGCCCUGGCUUCUCUGGCCAGCUUCUUUUCCUCCAAGGCUAAACACACCCGCAGCGGCAGCACAGGCGAGGAUGAUGCCAGUGCUGCUGACAGCGGCGACGCUAGCAGCAGUCGGAGCAAUGGGAGCAGUGGCGUGGAACGAGAAAGUGCUGGGGCAGCAGGAAACGGUGGGAGUGUGUGGGGAGCAGCAGAGGCUGCUGUUCGAGCCACACAUCCCCAUGCACACGCACCUGCUGCCCAAGGUGCCAUGCCUGUGCCUCAUGCCCAUUCCGCCCCCGACGCUGCUGCUGCGUUUUCUGCAAUGUCGUCUCCCAGCAAGUCCCCUCUCGCCCCACCGCAACUGCCUGCACCCGCGCCUGCAGGGGCAGCAGGGCUUGCGGGCGCCCUUGCUGCUGCCUCUGUCGCGGUAGGCACAACUGGGGGAGGCUCAUAUGGUGGCAGGCAUGGUGUGGAAGGGUCCCGUGCAGGAGACAGCAGUCCAGGUGCUCACGACCCCUCCAGCAUUGCUGCUGGCAGUCCCAGCAUCUCUCUGUCCCGCGGCCUCUCCCCUCUCUCCCGCCCUGCCUCCUACGCCUCUGCUGUUUCAAGCACAUCUGGUGCAACCGCUGCAGCAGGUGCAGGGGCGGGUGGAGAUACGGGUUCGGGUCCUAGCGGUGUGGACUCGGUGGGGGCAGCGCUGAGUGGAGGCGAGUCGGAGGCAGACAGUGACAUGGACGUUAUUGAUGAGCAGGCGCUUCUGGCAGCAGCCAAGCGCACAGCAGGCAUCACUUGCUGUGUGCGGCCCCGGGUCUUUGACUGA